AACCGCCUCCAGCUCCUGUCUCACUUCCUCUCCCGAGACUGGCUCAGAACUGGCACCUCCCCUUUCAGACAGCUCCGGAAACUCAGCCAUCUGGCGUACGAUUCUCGUUCAGCUUUUCCUGUCCUCCAAGAUCAAAACUGAGAAUCGAAACUGCGUUGGGGUUCAUGCAGCAAGAACCAGUACCCAGCAGAUCUUUGGUGUCCCAGCAGGACUCCGCACUGCCGCACGCGCCCACCAUGCCUCCCCCGGAGUCCUCCGAUAGCCACCAGCCCAGCCCGGACCAGAGCCCCAGGGAGCAAGCUGUGGAGGAGGAGGAGUUCCAGUUCCUGCGCUGCCAUUCUUGCCAGGAAGAAGCCAAGAGCCCUAAGCUAUUGCAUUGCCUACACACACUAUGCUCAGGAUGCCUGGAGGGCCCGGGCAUGCAGUGCCCUAUCUGCCGGGCUGAUCAGUCCCUCCGCACUAGUGGGCCGGCCCUGGAUAACAUCUUCUUCGAGAGUCUGCAGCGGCGCCUGUCGGUGUACCGGCAGAUCGUGGAUGCACAGGCCCGGUGUACCCGCUGCAACGAGACAGCGGACUCCUGGUGCUUCGAGUGUGAGCAGCUCCUCUGCGCCAGGUGCUUUGAGGCGCAUCAAUGGUUCCUCAAGCACGAGGCCCGGCCCCUGGCAGAGCUCCGCAGCCAGUCGGUGUGCGAGUUCCUGGAUGGCACACGCAAGUCCAACAACAUCUUCUGCUCCAACCCCAACCACCGCAGCCCUAUGCUUACUAGCAUCUACUGCCAAGGGUGUGCCAAGCCACUGUGCUGCACUUGUGCCCUCCUGGAUAACAGCCAUGGCCACCUCAAGUGUGACAUCACUGAGGAGAUCCAGCAGAGGCAGGAAGAGCUGGGCUCCAUGACCCAGUUGUUGGAGAGGCAGGACCUCGCCUUCGACUCGGCACUGGCGCAGAUGCGUUCAGCCAUCAGCCAGCUGGGGCGCGUGCGCACUGACACGGAGGAGGUAAUCCGCGCUGGUGUGCGCCAGCUAGUAGCACACGUGCAAGCGCAGGAGACCGAGCUGCUGGAGGCAGUGAACACGCGGUACCAGCGUGAGUACGAGAAGAUUGCAGGCCAACUAGGUCGUCUGGACGCUGUUCUGCAGCGCAUCCGCACAGGCAGUGUGCUGGUGCAGAGGAUGAAGCGCUAUGCCUCGGACCAGGAGGUGCUGGACAUGCAUGAUUUCCUCCGCAAGGCACUCAACGCACUGCACAGGGAGGAGCCCCAGAGCCUGGAAGCUACCGUGCGCACUGACAGCUUCGAUGAAUUCAAGGUGCGCCUGCAGGAUCUUGUCUCUUGCAUCACCCAGCGGACAGAUGCAGCCGUCCCCAGGAGAGGCAGCCCAGAGGCUACCAGCACUCCCAGGGAGCCUUUGAACAUUAAUCUGCCAGAGGGGCCACAGGUCGCUCAGUUGCAGGCCCUGGGGAUGGUUGACACUCAGCCUAUGGCCGUGGUACAGUCGGUGCCUGGGGCACACCCUGUGCCAGUGUGCGCCUACUCCAUCAAAGACCCCUCCUGCGGGCAGGAGGUCUCCACCACAGCCACACAAUGGAAGAGGAAGUCCUGCCAGACCGAGUGCCCCAGGAAGCUCAUCAAGAUGGAGUCUGAGGAAGAGAAGGAGGCCAGGUUGGCCCAGAGCUCCCCUGAGCAGCCCAGGCCCAGCACCUCCAAGGCAGUCUCACCACCUGCCCAGGAGGGGGGCCCCGAGAGCCACACCACGGGAGAUGAGGGAUUGCUGCUCAACAGCAACCACCAGACUGGCGACUCUGAAGAGGCAGAGGAGCGCAUUGUGGUGAUCAGCUCAGAUGACUCAGAUGUCGAAAACUCGUCCUUCCGGGAGCCAGAUGACAGCAGCAGCGAGUCCAGUGACCUGCAGCUGGAGGGCCCCAGCUCCCUCAGGGCCCUGGAUGACGGCUUCACAGACCUCUGGUCAGAAGACAGACCCCUGGUUUUCUUUGACCUCAAGAUUGACAGUGAAACCCAGGAAAUUAGGCAGCUGGCAGCUGUGAACCAGGAGAGCAAGUUCCGGGUGCUCAUCCAGCCCGAGGCCUUCAGCAUCUACUCCAAGGCGGUCUCCCUGGAGGUGGGGCUACAGCACUUCCUCCGCUUCCUGAGCUCCAUGCGCCGCCCCAUCCUGGCCUGCUAUAAGCUGUGGGGGCCCAGCCUCCCCAACUUCUUCCGAGCCCUGGAGAACAUGAAAAAGCUGUGGGAGUUCCGGGAGACCAUCUCCGGCUUCCUGGCCACCCUGCCCCUCAUCCAGGAGCGUGUGCCCCAGGCCAGCAGCUUCAAACUCAAGAGUCUGGCCAAAACCUACCUGGCAAGAAACAUGAGCGAGCACAGCGCCCUGGCCGCCGUGCUGGCCAUGCGCGACCUGUGCCGCCUCCUCGAGGUCUCCCCGGGCCCCCAGCUAGCCCAGCAUGUCUACUUCUUCAGCAGCCUGCAGUGCUUCGGGUCCCUGCAGCCUCUGGUGCAGGCAGCUGUCCUAUCCCGGGCCGAGGCCCGCCUCCUGGCCCUCCACAACGUGAGCUUCAUGGAGCUGAUGACCACACACCGCCAAGAUCCACAGGGGGGCUUGAAGAAGUACAGCCGGUACCUGAAGGCCACCUCAUCGCCCCAUGCCCAGCCUGCUCUCAACCUGCAAGCUCUGAGCACCUACUUCAAAGGCCUGUUGGAGGAGCCAGCCUUGGCCCAGGCAGAGGGCAUCUCUAGCCCUCUGGCUAGCCACAGCUUGGCCAAAGAGGCCCCCCAGGAGAACUGAAAGGAGAAGAUUACUGACUUGGCGUCUCUGGAAGACACAGAGGGAUGGUGUCCCUCAGCCAGGCCUGCCCAUCACAACAUUCCAAGAUCCUGGUCCCUAAUACUCAGCUGGCAUUUGGUCUAGAAUAGUUCUCCUUCUCUGGGACCAAAUUCUCCUUCUCUAAGGCCCCAUAGCUACCCAAAGUGCCUUUCGAACCAAACUGCCCCUCAUGAUUUGGGGUUCUCCCAGCCUCUGCCUUCCUAGAGGCUAGCUCUCUGUUCAUUUCCCUCUGGACCCUUUUCAUCCCUGCAGGGCGUCAUAUCUGCAGGGACAGAACCUGCUGCCCAGGCCGGUCCCCACUGCCCUCCACACUUGCUUCCUUCCUCCUGGCCACACACACACCUCCCCUUAGUCGAGGCUUUGCACCUUGGUCCUCAGGCCACUGACUCCUCUCUGCAUGGCCCGUCGCUGUGCCUGCACUGCCCACCUCUGCCCUGUCAAGGAAUGUCCUCUUGCCCAGUGCUGCUCAGUGCAGUGCAGGGACUUGUACCUUGGUUUUCCCGAGAGCCUCUACCCAAGACCUCCAGUAUCUGACUCAUUGGGGUGGGCCCCAGCACGCUGUUUAGUUUAACAGGUGGUCCAGGUGAUGCUGGUGCCCGCUGAGUUCCAGAACCACUGCCGUGUAGAUCGCUGCUCGAAGGAGGAGCCGUGUGGAGCAGCAGAGCAAACCCUGGCCUCACCCCGACUCUGUACAUCAGAUGUGACCUGAGCCCCCUUGUCCCCACCUAUAAAAUGGCUGGUUGGCCAGGACAGUCUCAGAGUCCCAUCCAACUGUGCCAUUCCAGGGUUUUAAGAGUAGACAACAGGCCCUGGUUGGUGUGGCUCAGUGGACUGAGUGCUGGCCUGUGAACCAAAGGGUCACCGGUUCGAUUCCCAGUCAGGGCACAUGCCUGGGUUGCCGGCCAGGUCACCAGUGUGGGGAGGUGGGACGAGAGGCAACCACACAUUGAUGUUUCUCUCCCUUUCUUUAUCUCUCCCUUACCCUCUCUCUAAAAAUAAGUAAAAUCUUAAAAAACAAAAACAAAAAAACCAAAACAGACAACAGGCUGAUGAGGGAGUGGACAAGAUGGUUUCAUUCUUGAACCCUAGCCUAGCCGCCAGACCUAUGCUCAGGCUCCCAACCUGUGGUCACACCAGGGGCAGCAGCAGAACACUGGCAGGUCAGAGCCGUCCCUUCUGACUAGCAGAAUCACUGUCACCUCCUUCCUCCCAUCCCUGUUCCUUGGCCAUUGCUCCUGGGAUGCGGCCCAGACCCCCAGCCUCCAUGGGCUCACCUGUCCCAGGAGUGAAGUCUGUGGGCCCCCCCAGCCCCCAUUCAGGGGGCUCCCUGAAAACCCUCUAAGGGAUUACAUAGGAUCUUGCUGCUAUGGUGGGAGCAUCCGCUCUAACAGUGAACUCGAGUGCAUUUAAAACAGGGUUCCGACUUAAAGCAGGUGCUGCCUCUGAAGCCUGAUGGGAAUAGGCUGGUGGGGAGAAUGGCUGCGGGGGCCCCAGCUGGGCUGUGGCGGCCAUCGUCUUAGCAGCUGCGAGGCAGCCUGGCCCAGACUGAGCAGCGCCUAGUGACUCCAGCUCAAGCCCAGUCCCCCAGUGCCUGUCACCUUCUGAUCAGUUCAUCAAAGCUUUUAUAACAAAGGCUGUUCUUUCCUCUCUCCACUUUCACAGCCUUUAAUAAAGUCAUCAAUCUUCAAAACCUGAUGUCACCUGCCCAGGAGCCACUGAGCAGCAGCCUGUGAAGGGGGUGCUUCCAGGCCAAGGGGAGCUACUCUUCCUGGGUACCUUCCAGGACUUAG